CUGGGUGAUUGACUGCUUUCUGACUAUUAUUGAAUUUACUUGUUAGCUUGGAUGACUAUAUAGAUGUCAACCAGUAUUGACUUAGUCACUCAAGUACGGGUUCAGCUUGCCAGUCAGUUUUUGACGAUUCUAAGUCUUCUCCAGUUUCUAUAAUGGACUCUUGUAUGGCAUAAAAUCUCUUGUUGCUGAUUAUUGUAUGAAAAUUUUGCUCAGCAUUUUUAACUACAAUGAUGCUUGAUAGAGAACAUCUUUUGCUUGGUCUUCUGUUCCUUGGAAAUGUUUUUUUAUUUUUCUUAUGCCAUUUUAAUUCACAACUUUCUGCAGCGGUUAGCCUUAUAUUUACAUCAAGGGCCCUUUGUAGGACUUUUAUGCAGUAUCAAUGAUCAAUAUAGAAGAAGGCUUGCCUUUCUGUAAUUCAACUGAGUCUACCUAACAUAAUGGGUUUCAAGAAGUUCAUGGUAUCUGAGUGGUAGAUUAGAUUCUAGAAUGGUUUAUAUCAUUUUGCUGGGUCUAAACUGGUGAUCUUUUUCUCUUUAUGGUCAUUUUGCUUUGAGGACGGUGAUCUUCUUCUCUUUAUGGUCAUUUUGCUUUGAGGGCUGUGCUGUCUGGCUCACCCAUUUGGUAAUCACACAACUCAAAUACCUGGAAGUACACAGGAUCACCUUCAGAUAUUCAAUAUUGAGUUGAAGGCUAAAAUAAAAUCACAUCAGAUGCCCGAACAGGUUGUCUUCUGGAAGUGGAUCACUCCCAAGGUGUUGGGAUUAGUUACUCAAACAUCAGUUUAUCACUGGUCGAUAGAAGGUGAGUCUGAGCCUGUAAAGAUGUUCGAAAGGACUGCAAAUUUAUCUAACAAUCAAAUAAUCAACUACCGGUGUGAUCCCUCUGAAAAGUGGCUUGUCCUAAUUGGAAUUGCGCCUGGUGCACCAGAGAGGCCUCAACUUGUUAAGGGGAACAUGCAACUCUUUUCUGUAGAUCAACAGCGUAGUCAAGCUCUAGAAGCACAUGCUGCAGCCUUUGCAUCAUUUAAGGUUGCUGGGAAUGAUAAUCCUUCCAUUCUUAUUUGCUUUGCUGCAAAGACAAUGAAUGCGGGCCAAAUUACUUCAAAGAUGCAUGUUAUUGAACUAGGUGCUCAGCCAGGAAAACCUAGCUUCACAAAGAAGCAGGCAGACCUUUUCUUUCCCCCUGAUUUUGCUGAUGAUUUCCCAGUCUCAAUGCAGAUAUCACAUAAAUAUGGUUUGAUCUAUGUGGUCACAAAGCUUGGACUUCUUUUUGUGUAUGAUCUCGAGACUGCUGCUGCAGUUUACAGAAAUCGAAUUAGUCCAGACCCAAUUUUUUUGACUUCAGAAGCAUCGUCAGUUGGAGGAUUUUAUGCUGUGAACCGUAGAGGACAAGUAUUACUUGCAACUGUUAAUGAGGCAACAAUCAUUCCUUUUAUCAGUGGCCAGUUGAACAAUCUGGAGCUAGCUGUAAGCCUUGCUAAAAGGGGGAACCUGCCAGGGGCAGAAAAUUUGGUUGUUCAACGAUUUCAGGAGCUAUUUUCCCAAACGAAAUAUAAGGAGGCUGCUGAGCUUGCUGCUGAAUCUCCACAAGGAAUUCUCCGCACACCUGAUACUGUAGCCAAGUUCCAGAGUGUUCCUGUGCAAGCUGGGCAAACACCACCUCUGUUGCAGUACUUUGGGACAUUAUUAACCAAAGGAAAGCUUAAUGCAUUCGAGUCAUUGGAGUUAUCACGUUUGGUUGUAAAUCAGAAUAAGAAAAAUCUUCUAGAAAAUUGGCUGGCUGAAGACAAGCUUGAAUGCAGUGAAGAGCUUGGGGAUCUUGUCAAGACUGUGGACAAUGACCUUGCAUUAAAAAUAUACAUAAAAGCAAGGGCCACCCCGAAAGUUGUUGCAGCUUUUGCUGAGCGAAGAGAAUUUGACAAGAUUCUUGUUUACUCAAAACAAGUUGGUUAUACCCCAGACUAUCUCUUCCUUUUGCAAACUAUUUUGAGAACAGACUCUCAGGGUGCUGUCAAUUUUGCACUCAUGAUGUCUCAGAUGGAAGGGGGUUGCCCAGUUGAUUACAAUGUUAUCACAGAUCUCUUCCUGCAGAGAAAUAUGAUACGAGAAGCAACUGCAUUUUUGCUGGAUGUUCUGAAGCCAAACUUGCCAGAACAUGCCUUUCUUCAAACAAAGGUUUUGGAGAUCAAUCUGGUCACUUUUCCAAAUGUUGCUGAUGCGAUAUUGGCAAAUGGUAUGUUCACCCACUAUGACCGUCCUCGGAUUGCACAACUAUGUGAAAAAGCUGGCCUGUAUUUGCGAGCUGUUCAGCACUAUACUGAUCUGUCUGACAUUAAACGUGUGAUAGUGAAUACACAUGCUAUUGAGCCUCAGGUUUGUAACUUUGUGCUUUCUUCAUUAUGGAGAAAGUGGAGCAUUGUUAUAUUUGAUAAUGUUCUUUUAUCUUUGCAGGCAUUGGUGGAGUUUUUUGGUACUCUCUCAAAAGAGUGGGCUUUAGAAUGCAUGAAAGACCUUCUACUCGUCAAUCUUAGAGGCAAUCUUCAGAUAAUUGUCCAGACAGCAAAGGAAUACUCAGAGCAGCUAGGGGUUGAUGCGUGCAUUAAACUCUUUGAGCAGUUCAAAUCCUAUGAAGGCCUUUACUUUUUCCUGGGUUCAUAUUUGAGCUCCAGUGAGGAUCCUGCCAUACAUUUCAAGUACAUAGAAGCAGCUGCUAAAACGGGUCAGAUUAAGGAGGUUGAGCGUGUCACAAGAGAAUCUAAUUUUUAUGACCCAGAGAAGACAAAGAACUUUUUGAUGGAAGCAAAGCUUCCAGAUGCACGCCCUCUAAUAAAUGUCUGCGAUCGAUUUGGUUUUGUGCCUGAUCUGACUCACUACCUGUACACUAACAACAUGCUGCGGUAUAUUGAAGGUUAUGUGCAGAAAGUCAAUCCUGGGAAUGCUCCUUUAGUUGUUGGCCAGCUUUUAGAUGAUGAGUGUCCUGAAGAUUUCAUCAAAGGCCUUAUUCUCUCUGUUCGUUCUCUUCUUCCUGUUGAGCCACUUGUAGAUGAGUGUGAGAAGAGAAACCGCCUCCGUUUACUUUCACAGUUCUUAGAGCAUCUAGUAAAUGAAGGCAGCCAGGAUGUUCAUGUGCAUAAUGCUCUUGGGAAGAUCAUUAUCGACAGCAACAACAAUCCAGAGCACUUCCUGACUACUAAUCCCUACUAUGAUUCACGUGUUGUUGGUAAAUACUGUGAAAAGAGGGAUCCAACUCUUGCUGUUGUUGCAUAUAGACGUGGUCAAUGUGAUGGUGAGCUUAUCAAUGUUACCAACAAGAAUUCCCUUUUCAAGCUGCAGGCAAGAUAUGUUGUGGAGAGAAUGGAACCGGAGCUAUGGGAUAAAGUUCUUAACCCUGAGAAUGAGUACAGGCGCCAGCUUAUUGAUCAAGUAGUGUCAACUGCUUUACCAGAGAGCAAGAGUCCAGAGCAAGUAUCUGCAGCAGUAAAAGCAUUUAUGACUGCGGACCUUCCACAUGAGCUUAUUGAGCUUCUUGAGAAGAUAGUUCUCCAGAAUUCUGCAUUUAGUGGAAACUCCAAUCUGCAGAACUUGUUGAUCCUUACAGCUAUUAGGGCUGAUAAAUCCCGUGUUAUGGACUAUGUUAACCGCUUGGAGAAUUUUGAUGGGCCUGCUGUUGGUGAGCUUGCUGUUGAAGCAGAGCUAUAUGAAGAAGCCUUUGCUAUCUUUAAGAAAUUUAGCCUGAAUAUACAGGCAGUGAAUGUACUGCUGGAUAAUAUUCGAAACAUAGAACGUGCAGUUGAGUUUGCUCUUCGUGUUGAUGAGGAAGCUGUUUGGAGCCAAGUAGCUAAAGCUCAACUCAGGGAGGGACUUGUCAGUGAUGCCAUUGAGUCAUUUAUACGUGCUGAAGAUGCUACUGAGUUCCUGGAUGUGAUUAGGGCAGCGGAGGAAGUGAAUGCUUACCAUGAUCUUGUCAAGUACCUUCUCAUGGUGAGGCAAAAGGCCAAAGAGCCGAAGGUGGAUGGUGAACUCAUAUAUGCUUAUGCAAAGAUUGACAGGCUGGGAGAGAUUGAAGAAUUCAUUCUUGCACCAAACGUUGCUAAUCUCCAAACUGUGGGUGAUCGCCUAUAUGAUGAAGCUUUAUAUGAAGCUGCUAAGAUCAUAUUCUCGUUUAUUUCGAACUGGGGAAAACUUGCCAGUACUCUUGUAAAGUUGAGGCAGUUCCAAGGUGCUGUUGAUGCAGCUCGCAAGGCUAACAGUUCAAAGACUUGGAAGGAGGUUUGUUUUGCUUGUGUUGAUGCUGAGGAGUUCCGCUUGGCUCAAAUAUGUGGUCUGAACAUUAUUAUACAGGUCGAUGAUUUGGAAGAAGUGAGUGAAUACUAUCAAGACAGAGGGUGCUUUGAUGAGCUUAUCAGCCUUAUGGAGAGUGGUCUUGGUUUGGAGCGGGCACAUAUGGGAAUCUUCACAGAAUUAGGCAUUUUAUAUGCCAGAUACCGUCCAGAUAAACUUAUGGAGCACAUUAAACUAUUCUCCACGCGUCUUAAUAUUCCAAAGCUUAUCCGUGUGUGUGAUGAGCAACAACACUGGAAAGAACUCACUUACUUGUAUAUCCAAUAUGAUGAAUUUGACAAUGCUGCUGCAACUAUUAUGAAUCAUUCAGCUGAAGCUUGGGACCAUAUGCAAUUUAAGGAUGUGGCUGUCAAGGUGGCUAAUGUGGAGCUGUACUACAAGGCAGUGCACUUUUACUUACAACAGCAUCCUGACCUAAUAAAUGAUCUUCUCCAUGUCCUUGCUCUUAAGGUGGAUCAUACCCGUGUUGUUGACAUAAUGCGAAAGGCAGGACACUUGCAUCUUGUUAAACCAUACAUGGUUGCUGUACAAAGCAACAAUGUUGCUGCAGUAAAUGAAGCUCUUAACGAAAUCUAUGUCGAAGAGGAGGACUAUGAAAGAUUACGUGAAUCCAUUGAUAUGCAUGAUAACUUUGACCAAAUUGGCCUUGCUCUGAAGAUUGAGAAGCAUGAGCUUCUCGAGAUGCGGAGGGUUGCAGCAUACAUAUAUAAAAAGGCUGGCAGAUGGCAGCAGUCAGUUGCCUUAUCGAAGAAGGACAAUCUCUACAAAGAUGCCAUGGAGACAUGUUCUCAGUCUGGGAGCCGUGAACUGGCUGAAGAAUUGCUUAGUUACUUCAUUGAAAAGGGAAAGAAAGAGUGUUUCGCUUCAUGCUUAUUUAUAUGUUAUGACUUGAUUCGGCCUGAUGUUGCUCUUGAGCUUGCCUGGAUGAACAACAUGAUUGAUUUCACAUUCCCAUAUCUUCUACAGUUCAUUCGUGAGUACACUACCAAGGUAGAUGAGCUUGUGAAGGACAAGCUGGAAGCACUGGAAGAAGUGAAAAGCAAAGAAAAAGAAGAGAAGGAUACGGUUGCCCAGCAGAACAUGUAUGCACAGCUUCUCCCACUUGCGUUGCCUGCUCCACCUAUGGCUGGUAUGGGUGGAGGAUUCCAGCCUCCGCCGCCUGCCAUGCCAUCAAUGGGUAGCAUUCCUGGUGGCAUGGGUAUGCCGCCCAUGCCAGCAUUUGGAAUGCCACCUAUGGGUGGAUACUGAUUUGAACGGUCUUUAUUGUACAAGUUCAUGGAGAAAGCCGUUUAGCUUCUAUACAGAGAUUUAGACGGCAGACAAGCCACUCCAAGGGGAGGAAUUUGUGUUCGGCAGGUCAAGCCAGUGUCGCUACUUUUCCUGACUAAUUUUCUAUUUCCCCUUGGUUGACGUUAGGCGUACGUCUGCCUAAUUUUCCAUAGACGCUGUAAUUUUUUUUUUUCAAUUUUUCUUUUGCAGAGAAGGUGGACAUGCGUGUCCUCUUGCACACUCCUGCAAUUUUGUUUUCUCUUUACAGAUUUUGCUGAGCCUAGGCUUUUUGUCUUCCUUUUUCCAAUUUUUAUAUUUAUCUUGGAGAUGAUGUCGAAUUCUUUCCCCCAUUGUAUCAAUGGAAAUGGCCUGUAUAAUUCAUGCUCAA